UGUAAAUACAAGCUUCGUCCUCAGUUCACUCAUAAAGUGCAGGGACUUGUUCCAGAUCUUCUCCCUGUGAAGAAAACGCUUGGAUUAGGUGCCCAAUCUCCAACGACCAGUCCUGUCACCAGGCAGCAGCAUCAUACUGAUUGGCUCCCCAAUGCUUGGUUCAGCCAUGUCUGUGAGCAGUGGUGUCUCUUCCAUACGUAGGGUGGCUAUAUUUGGAGGUACCCAUGGAAAUGAACUCACUGGAGUUUUUCUAGUUAAACAUUGGCUAAAACAUGCAGGGGAGAUUGCCAGAUCGGGCAUGGAAGUGAGACCCUUUAUUACCAACCCCAACGCUGUGGAGAAAUGUGUUAGAUAUGUUGACACUGACCUGAACAGAGUUUUUGACAAUCAAGGUCUUGGUCUACAAAAUAAAGUAAAAAUACCCUAUGAGAUAACACGGGCUCAAGAGAUCAACUCCAUAUUUGGUCCAAAAGGGAGUAAAGAUGCCUAUGAUGUUAUCCUGGACCUUCACAACACCACCUCCAAAAUGGGAGCUACGCUGAUUCUUGAGGAUUCCAAUGAUGAUUUCACAAUUCAGAUGUUCCAUUACAUUCAGAAAUCCAUGGCUCCUGUACAUUGCUCUGUGCUGCUCAUUGAACACCCCAAAGUAAAAUAUGCAACUACACGUUCUAUAGCAAAGCACCCUGUUGGAAUUGAAGUGGGACCACAACCUCAAGGUGUUAUUCGAGCAGAUAUUCUGGAGAAAAUGAGGAGAAUAAUCAUUUAUGCUCUUGACUUCAUGCAACAAUUUAAUGAAGGUUCAGAGUUUCCACCAUGUAGUAUUGAAGUGUUCAAAGUGCUAGAGAAAACCGCCUACCCCAGGAAUGAGAAUGGUGAACUUACUGCUAUCAUUCAUGAAAAUCUUCAGGACCAGGAUUGGAGAGCUCUGAACCCAGGGGACCCUAUGUUUAUCACAAUGGAUGGGAAAGUCAUUCCCUAUGAAGGAGAGCACACUGUAUAUCCAACGUUUGUGAAUGAAGCAGCUUACUAUGAGAAAAACGAGGCCUUUGUCAAAACACAGAAGAUGACAUUAUCUGCACAAAGUGUUCAGUGUAAAUCUUUGUAA